AUGUCCCCGACCGCCGACUUCACCCUUUCCGACUUUCCUCACAAAGUCCUCGAUCCCAUCGCCACCGACACCACUGCUCCCUCGUACGCGUCGCUUCUCCUGGCCCAACGCCAACUCAGUGCCAACGCGUCCGCCAUUCCCAGCCUUAAUGGCGGCGGGGCCCAUGGUCACAUGGCCCUCACGCUCACUGACGAAGCUUACGCGGAACUUUCCGACAUCCCGUUCGUCAUCCCCGUUGCUCCCCCUGCCGACCCUGAACCCGGCACCACGCAACCUCAAAUCACCGAAAACAACCGCCUCCACAAACGCGCUGUAGCCACCCACAGCCUCUACGUGGCGGUCAACAACGCUCUCCGUCGCCAGAUCCUCGACGCUGUUCCUCGCGUGUACGUUCGCGACCUGGAGCACCCCCAGUUUGCCUACAGCCAUGUUUCCUGUCGCGACCUUCUCGACCAUCUCUGGCGCAACUUCGGUACCAUCACCGCUUCCGACUUAAAAAGCAACAUCCAAUCUAUGUACACCCCUUGGAACCCGGUUGACCCCAUCGAAACCAUUUUUCAUCGCUUAAAUGAUGCCAUCGCGUACUCGAUAGCCGGCCGUGACCCCAUCACCGAGGCCGCCGCCGUUCGCGCCGGCUACGACGUGCUCGAGCACUCGGGCCUGUUUCCACGUGCCUGUGAAACCUGGCGCACCGCCUCGCCCGAUACCCACACGCUUGCCAAUCUGCGCGCCCUUUUCAAAGUCGCCGAUACCGACCGAAAGCGCACCGUCACCACCGGCACCCUCGGUUACGCCAACGUCCUUACCACCGCGCCAUCGGUUCUCCCUUCGCCCUUGCCCGACGCGCUCAGCCUUCCUUUCUCAGCCCUCUCGGUGUCCAAUUCCUCUGCCACCCUCUCUGAGAAAACUUAUUGCUGGACCCAUGGGUCCAGCAACAACCGUCGGCACACUAGUGCCACUCUUAACUCGUCUGUAGUCCCCUCCCCGCCUAGCAUACACACCUCAGCCAUCGCCGACACCGGCUGCACAGGACACUACAUCACCGUGUCCUGUCCCCACUCCCACCCACAACCUGCCUCUCAUCCCCUUGCCGUCCGCGUUCCCAACGGCGCUAUUCUCCGCUCGAGCCACACAGCCACUCUCGCUCUCCCUGGAUUUUCCCCCACCGCUUGCCAGGCGCACAUCUUUCCCGACCUAGCUUCCCAUCCCCUCCUCUCCAUCGGCCAACUCUGCGACGACGGCUGUACGGCCACUUUCUCGGCCACUCGCCUUGACAUUCAUCGCGACGCUACCCUGCUGCUCUCUGGCGCCCGCUCCCCCCACACCGGCCUCUGGCACCUCGAUCUUACCCCUCCCCAGCCCCCUGCCACAGCCCACGCUCUGGUUCCCAACACCCCACUUGCCGACCGCAUCGCUUUUGUUCACGCCUCGCUCUUCUCCCCAGCUCUCUCUACCUGGUGCCAGGCCCUCGACUCCGGCCACCUUGCGACUUUUCCAGACGUUUCCUCCCGCCAAGUCCGCAAGUACCCACCUAGCUCCCCCGCGAUGAUCAAGGGUCACCUCGACCAACAACGCGCGAACCUGCGCUCCACCAAGCUCUCCCCUGUCUGUUUCCCUCUCUCGACGGAACCCCCUGCUGCCGCUGCGCCCGACCUCGACCCUCCUGACGCCCACCCCGUCGCCCGCACACACCAUGUCUUUGUUGCCCACCAAAGGGUUACCGGUCAAAUCUACACGGACCAGCCGGGUCGUUUCCUCACUCCUUCCAGUGCAGGCCACAACGACAUGCUUGUUCUUUAUGAUUACGACAGCAAUGCUAUCCACGUCGAACUCAUGAAGAACAAGUCCGGCCCCGAGAUUCUGGCUGCCUACCAACGUGCUCACGCUCUUUUCACCCAGCGCGGCCUACGUCCCCAACUUCAGCGCCUCGAUAACGAAGCCUCUACCGCCCUCCAAGCCUUCAUGACCUUAGAGCAUGUCGACUUUCAGCUAGCACCCCCCCAUCUGCACCGUCGUAAUGCCGCCGAACGGGCCAUACGCACCUUCAAGAAUCACUUUAUUGCUGGCCUCUGCACCACGAACCCGGAUUUUCCCCUUCAUCUUUGGGACCGCCUCCUCCCACAAGCCCUUAUCACCCUAAACCUUCUUCGGCGCUCCCGCAUCAAUCCCAAGUUGUCCGCCCACGCACAACUUCACGGGGCCUUCGACUACAACCGCACCCCGCUUGCUCCUCCUGGCACGCGCGUCUUAGUUCAUGUCAAGCCCGCUGUUCGCGAAACCUGGGCCCCCCAUGCUGUUGAAGGUUGGUAUCUCGGCCCCGCUCUCAACCAUUAUCGCUGCCAUCGCGUCUGGAUCACGGAAACACGUGCCGAACGUGUUGCGGACACCCUUUCCUGGUUCCCGACCCGCAUUCCCAUGCCCGCCGCUUCGUCCACCGACCGCGCCCUGGCCGCCGCCCGUGACCUAGUACAUGCCCUCCAGAAUCCUUCCCCUGCGUCUCCGUUCGCCCCCCUCGAUGCCAACCAGCACCAGGCCCUUACCGACCUCGCCAAUCUCUUUGCCACCGUGGCCGCCCCAGUCGACGACGUCCCCGCACCCGCUCCAGUGCCUCCGGUCCGUCCCCCUGCCCCAGCAACUCCCCUUGCUCAGCACUUCCGAGGGUGCCCACCCCGGCCACCUAUCACUCUCGCACCGGCAACCCCGGCCGUCGCCGCCGCACAGCACGCAAACAACCGGCAACCCCAACCCUAG